CUCUCUACGAUAUAUCAAGUUAUGCAAGCGUGCCGGCUCUCGACCCACGCCGUCCAAGUUUUAUAAACGGGAGAUAAAGAAAAAUACGCGGAACGAUCGGCCGGUGAAAGAGGAGCCGGGGAGCGCGCGUGGCCCGAUUGCGAUAAGUAGAAAGCACCGUCUUCAUCCGGGCAGACUGGCGCAAGGAUUACGCGGAUCCUUCAGCCGGAUUGGUCGACACCCGGCGUGGGAUCUCGCCGCAGCCCUUAUAGAUCGGCAAGGCGGAUUCGCGGUCCAAUCGUACGUCAACUUGUGUUGAAACUCGCAGGAUCAUAGUCCGCUCUGGAAAGUGUCGAGAGGAUGUUUUGGUGUUACGGACUUCUGAGCUUCCUCCUGCUCGGCGACACGUACGGCGAUGUUUCCAAGAGCAGAGUGCGACGCCAGAUUUCACCGCCGAGCGGUCAAGUAAUAGACAACAUUUUUAACAUUCCGAUCACGGCAAUUAAGCAAACUGCCACCGUCGCUCAGGUCUUCUCGCCGGAGAACACGCAGACGAUCGACUCUGUUUUUAAGAUCCCUGUCGCGACGCUAGAAGCUGUCGGCAGCCUCGUGAAGUCUACAGCGGAGCAGAGGCAACAAAACGCGGAGAUCAUCCAAAAGAAUCGCCAAGAGCGAAGAGAUCGAUUGGUGGCUAGGAAGGAGCAGAAGUGGAAGCGGAAGGAGGAGAUAUUGAAUCAACGAUUUACUCAACAACAGGUGAACAGAGUAGUCAGGCACCACAAAGAUCCACUGGGAUUGGACGCGUUGAGCGAUUUUCUGGUCGGGCACCAUGGACUUCUCAGUGGGCACUAUAGCGGACUUCUGGACCCUUUAGGAUUAGGUGGCGGCCACAGACAUCGCAAAGGUCAUCAUGGCUUACACGGCGGACAUGGCUCUCACGUUCAGAAUAUUCUUGGUAACCGACCGCAGAAUACCUAUGAGGUUCACGAAGACGUCAACGAGGAUACGACCUUCUCCUGGCACGGCCUGACCGCUGGUUUCGGCAGUUUCUUUAACACACGACCUCCCAACACCAACAUCAAGAUUGAGAACAAGGUGGCUCCCAAAGAGAAGAAAGAGAAAACAUCCAAGUACUCGAGCGACGACGUGGAUCUUUACAACAAAGUCGCCAAGAUGAAAAAUAAGCCGGAACGAGAAGACAACGGUCCGCCAUUAGAGAACAAAAUUGCGCCGAGAAGCGGGAAGAUAAAAUUUGUGUAAUAAUAUUAUAAUAUAUAUGGAAUAUAUAUUAUAAUAUUAUUACACAAAUAUAUAUAUGUGUAAAUAAAUAAUAAUAAAUAUAUGUAUAAAUAUAUGUGGAAUAAUACUAGAUGUAAUGUUUA